CCGGCGGCCGCUCACAACUGCACCCCGCCCGGCGCAGCACCAUGCCAGCCUGCCGCCCCGGCCCGCACGCCGCCCCCCUCCUCCUCCUCCUCGGCCUGCUGCUGCUCGGCUUCUCCCCGGUCCUAGGCGGAGAAGCAGAGAAACCGGGCGUGUGCCCCCAGCUGCAGGCGGACCAGAACUGUACGCAGGAGUGCCACUCGGACGCCGAAUGCGCCGACAACCUCAAGUGCUGCCAGGCCGGCUGCGCCGCCUUCUGCCACCUGCCCAACGAAAAGCAAGGUUCCUGCCCCUCGGUGAACACUGACUUCCCCCAGCUCGGCCUGUGCCAGGACCAGUGUGAGGUGGACAGCCAGUGUCCCGGCCUGCUGAAAUGCUGCUACAAUGGUUGCGGGAAGGUGUCCUGCGUCACUCCAGUCUAGUCUUGUGAGCUCCAGCCGCCAGCCACAGCCUGAGGAGUGGGGGAGUAGAAGUUUCUGCCCGGCCCUGCCUGGCCCCAGCCCAGCUGCCUUCCCCUCUUUCUGGCCUCUGCACUCCCUUCAGAGCUGAGCACAGCUUCUGCCUUUUCCAACCAAUAAAAUGACCGUUUCAGCACUGGG